GGCUGGGCUGGGCCGGGCAGGCGGAGCGCAGCGGCCGCCGCCGCGAUGGAGCCCGACUCGGUCAUCGAGGACAAGACCAUCGAGCUCAUGACAAGUCUGAGAAGGAAAACCCAUUCGAAUCCCCUUUCAUUCUGGAUUGGUGGAUCUGAAGCCCAGAAACAAAGUUUCAGCAUUGACUGUGUGUAGCAAACACGCUUUGAUCUUCAGGAGCAGAGUGGGACAGCGUUCUCCAUCAGCCUCCUGUGAAUUCAGUGUCCUAUCUAGAGCAUCGCUGUGUGUUCUGUGCCAAGGUCUUUGUGGCUAGGCUGCUCCAACCUGGUAGAGAGCAUGUGCGCACUGAGAUGCCUGCAGAGCAUGCCCAGUGUCAGAUGUCUCCAGAACACGUCAGUAAUGGAGGAUCAGAAUGAAGAUGAGUCUCCAAAGAAAAAUACCUUGUGGCAGAUAAGUAAUGGAACUUCAUCUGUGAUUGUCUCAAGAAAAAGACCAUCGGAAGGAAAUUACGAAAAGGAAAAAGACUUGUGUAUAAAAUACUUUGACCAGUGGUCUGAAUCAGAUCAAGUGGAAUUUGUGGAACACCUCAUUUCCCGGAUGUGUCACUAUCAGCAUGGACAUAUUAACUCCUACCUGAAGCCCAUGUUACAGCGGGACUUCAUCACUGCGCUGCCAGAGCAAGGCUUAGAUCACAUAGCAGAAAACAUCCUUUCCUAUCUCGAUGCCAGAUCCCUGUGUGCAGCAGAGCUGGUGUGUAAGGAGUGGCAGAGAGUGAUCUCAGAGGGGAUGCUCUGGAAGAAGCUCAUCGAGAGGAUGGUACGCACGGACCCGCUCUGGAAGGGGCUCUCCGAGAGGAGGGGCUGGGAUCAGUACCUGUUUAAAAACAGACCAACAGAUGGGCCCCCAAAUUCCUUUUACAGGUCCUUAUACCCAAAGAUAAUCCAGGAUAUAGAGACUAUAGAAUCCAACUGGAGGUGUGGGAGGCACAACUUGCAAAGGAUCCAGUGCCGCUCUGAGAACAGCAAAGGGGUCUACUGUUUACAGUAUGAUGAUGAGAAGAUCAUCAGUGGCCUACGAGAUAACUCCAUUAAGAUUUGGGACAAAACAAGCUUGGAAUGUUUGAAAGUAUUGACGGGACAUACUGGCUCAGUUCUUUGUCUGCAAUAUGAUGAAAGAGUUAUUGUAACUGGAUCUUCAGAUUCUACAGUGAGGGUCUGGGAUGUAAAUACAGGGGAGGUUCUCAACACGCUGAUCCACCACAACGAGGCCGUGCUGCACCUGAGGUUCAGCAAUGGGCUGAUGGUGACGUGCUCCAAGGACAGGUCCAUCGCCGUGUGGGACAUGGCGUCCCCCACGGACAUCACGCUGCGCCGCGUGCUGGUGGGACACCGCGCCGCCGUCAACGUGGUGGACUUCGAUGACAAGUACAUCGUGUCAGCCUCGGGGGACAGGACCAUCAAGGUGUGGAGCACCAGCACGUGUGAGUUCGUGCGGACGCUGAACGGGCACAAGCGCGGCAUCGCCUGCCUGCAGUACCGCGACCGCCUCGUGGUCAGCGGCUCCUCGGACAACACCAUCAGGCUCUGGGACAUUGAAUGUGGUGCCUGUUUAAGAGUGUUAGAAGGCCAUGAGGAGCUGGUUCGGUGCAUCAGGUUCGACAACAAGAGGAUUGUUAGUGGAGCCUAUGAUGGGAAAAUUAAAGUUUGGGACUUGCAAGCUGCUCUUGACCCUCGUGCCCCAGCAAGUACGUUAUGCUUGCGUACAUUAGUGGAACAUUCAGGACGUGUCUUUAGGCUCCAGUUUGAUGAAUUUCAGAUCAUUAGUAGUUCCCAUGACGAUACAAUUCUGAUUUGGGAUUUCUUAAAUGUGCCACCGAGUGCCCAGAACGAGACCCGCUCUCCAUCUAGAACAUACACCUACAUCUCCAGAUAACAGUCUGCACUUUACUGCCCUCAGAAGGGUUCCACAGUCUUGAACUACUGGAUUUUUGGCUACUACAUGCCUGAAGAUGAUUGACAGCUAAAGUCAGAAUUGGUUCUAGAUGCUGUGUAGAUGCAAAGCAGCACAAUUCUAUAUCUAAAUUUCUUAAUCUUUCCUGCUCUCAGUGGUCGUCUUUGAAUUUGCUACAAAUUCACUGACUUGGAGUAGAUGAGUUUCAGAAGCCUAUCCUUCCCUGCUGUGAGAAAUCCAAAGCUUCACAUGUAAAUUGUCUGUAGAAACUGAACUCUGAUGGCUUGUUUUUCAGAUAUAAAUCAGAAGUCAAGAAAGGACUUGGCCUAAUUUAUAUUGCUUUGCACUUUUGUCUGACUUUAAAGGAAAAAAAAAAACAUUCUCCAGUGAAAUUUGGGUGCCAAACACAUGCCCAGAAUGUACAGAGCUUUGCUUUCCAGUCACCACUGUCCUUUAGGCGUUCCCCAUGGCAGGUUCAGAGCCCGUUCUGUUCCAUAGGUGUACGUUGGACUCUUAGAAAUAUUUCUGAGUUGCUCAGUAAUAUUUUUGGAUUACAGUUUACUUGUUUCUGCACCAAUAAUUUCUUUUAAAUUAAAGAUUCCCUGUAAUUCAAGCUAGGUUAUCUGAACUAGUUGUAUAGCACUGUCUUUUCCUUUGCCCUGUGCUCUGUACUCGCCGUCCUGCGCUUCCUGAUGUUUGCUGUAGUCCCCUCCUUCCCUGUGUGCUUCCCUCAUCUCGGAUACUGUGUAAGCAUGUAGAUACCUUGUACAUACAGCAGAGCCUCUGGUGCCAGCCUCAGGGUGUCCUGACACUACACACCUAACACUCAGCGUGGUGGCACUUGGCAGCAGGAUGUCCCGACCCCUGGCACUGGUGGUGACAUGAUUACCUAGACACUGUCUCUGCAAAAGGAGGUUUUCAGUAUUCAUUAGUUGGGGUUUUGUUUUUGUUUUGGUUAUUUUUUGGUUUUUUUUUUGUUUUUUUUUUUUUAAUGGGAACUACAUAUUUUAAAAUGUAAUUUCUAAACUUUUUAAAAAUUAAAAACUGUUUAAUUUAUGUUCUGUAUCUUAUAUUUUUGUGCCGCGGGGUUUGCAGCUGUGUGUCUCUGACACCAGUGGGGCCUCCCAGCCCCUGCUGAUGUCCUCGGUAGCAUUAGUUUGGCUGCUCAGUGGAGAAGAUACCAUGGGCCAAAGUUCCAUUAUUUGUGUUUGAUUUGUGACACUGGGUGAUGGUGAGAGGAGCUCGUUCCAGUCACCGCUCUGCUUCCUGUGCUGGUGUCCCGGGAGGAUGGGCUGCCGUGUCCUGGCUCCUCCGUGCUUUGUUAGGGAGCCUCCACAGCUGCUUCUUCAGUUCUCUCGGUGUCCCUGUCAUCUGUGUGGUCACACGCAGCCCUGGUUGUGCCGGGGCCGGGAGGAGCCGUGCACAUGCGGUGGAUUCACUCGUGUGCGGGAGGGCUGGGCUGGCACGGGCUGUGCUGCCUCCCCUGUCUGUGUCUGUGCUGUUCUGUGCUGGCAGCAGCUCUUGCCUCUGUGGGGUUGUUGCCUUUCCCUGUGCAGUCCUGGGGCAGGGUGGGGACAGCGGGGCAGCUCGAGGUGUCACAGCCCAGCCCCUCACGGGGUCCCUGCAGGGCUCCCUCCCCGCCCUCCCUGUUCCUCCAGCUAUUUAUUCAUCCAGAUGAGCGAAUGUGAUGAAGUCCAGAAGAGCAAACUCGCUCCUGAGCGUCCAUAAGGUCACUUUUUGGUAAGCUUGACAGUAGUUCGUGCAAGUGUCUUACUUUACCCUUCUCAUCUAAUAGCUUUAAUAUUAAACUGUUUAAAAAAGAUCUGUUGCAGCCCUGAAGAAAAAGGUUCUUUGUUUCUGAAGAGCGGAGUCCUUUUUUUAAAAAUGCAUGUGUAAGAUUUAAAUUCCUGUUUUUCCUUGGGAGAUAAUGGUAUUUGGACAUGCAGUCUAAACUUCUUCGUGCUUUGUGUAACAUAGCAGUGGACUUUUGUGAUUGGCACCCAAGGAACUCGACUCCUGGGAUUCAUGGUAGUGAUCCUGGCUGCACUCUGGACUUUGUUUUGCUAACCAUAAUUGAGCAACUGUACAUUACUGCGAUAUUAAUGUUUCAAAGCACUGGGAUAGUCUAAUUCUAACUUGUAAUUAUGUUUGCCAAUUAUCUGUUUGGAAAGUUGGUGUAUGAACAGCUUCUUGAAACUGUUAAAUUGUACAGAUAUCGUUCAUGAUCUAAAGCUUUGUACUGUGGAAUGUGCUUAAUAAAAAAAACGUUUGAACUUAA